AUGUCUGCUAUUAAACCUGUUGAAUUAACUGGAAAUUUCGGUUUCGGUACCAUGUCCAUGACUUGGAAACCAGUUCCUCCCCCUGUUGAACAAUCAUUAGAAUCACUUAGAUUCAUCACUUCCCAUAAAGAAUUCGGUACUAAUUUACUUAAUGGUGGUGAAUUCUAUGGUCCAAAUGAUCGUAAUUUAAAAUUAUUAAAGGAAUUUGUUGAUUCUAACUCUGAUGAAGUUAAUCAAAAAUUAAUUAUUUCAAUUAAGGGUGGUGUUGAUAAAACUACUUUAAUUCCAAAUGGUUCUAAAGAAUUCAUUUCUCAAUCAAUUGAAAACAUUAUUAGUUAUUUCCCUUCUGAUAAAUCAAAAAGACCAAAGUUACUCUUUGAAAUUUCAAGAGUUGAUCGUAGAGUUCCUUAUAUUGAGACCGUUGGUUAUAUUGCAGAAUAUGUCAAAGCAGGAAAAUUGGAUGGUAUUUCACUUUCUGAAGUUGGUAUUGAAUCAAUUAGAACUACUCAAGCUGCUUUCCCAGUUUCUUGUGUCGAAAUUGAAUUAUCUUUGUUGACCUUAGAUAUCUUUGAAAAUGGUAUUUUAGAAGAAGUUUCCAAACACAACAUUCCAAUCAUUGCUUAUUCUCCAUUAUGUCGUGGUGUCUUAACUGAUCUGGCUGCUGAAUCUGCAGAUUUCUUAAAAGAUAUUCCCCAAGGUGAUAUUAGACAUAACUUUGAAAAAUUCUAUCAAGAAAAUUUUCAACAAAACCUUAAGAGAGUUCGUGCCUUGUAUAAAUUUGCUCAUGAUGACAAACAUACAAGUUUAGAAUCAUUAUCAUUAUCAUGGUUCGUUAAGAUUUCAGGAUUAAAAGAAUAUAGAGGUGUUAAGAACAUUACUAAGAUCUUGGCUAUUCCAUCUGGUUCUACUAAAGCUAAGAUUGAAAGCAAUUUCGGUAGUAUUAUUGAAUUAUCAGAUGAAGAUUUAGCUGCUAUUGAUAAAAUCAUUGAUGAAAAUCCAAUUGUCGGUGGAAGAUACAACAAGCAUGUUGAAGCUCAUUUAAAUGGUUAA